CGUAAGAUAGAUAGGCUGAGGCUGUGUGUGUGAGACAGAGAGAGAGAGAGAGAGAGAGAGAGAGAGAGAGAGAGAGAGAGAGAAUAACUACAUGUGUGCUAACAUGCUGGAAGAAAACUACAGGAACUGACAGUUGGAGGAGGGUGCGAUGCAUAACUGAAGACUUACGCUGUCACACAGCAAACUAAAAUGCACCGGGCAGCAGACUACACUCUCCUGGGAGAGCCAGGAAAGACAUCGCCACCUGCACUACCCAUCAAACAGCGCAGGAGCAAGUCUUCUUCAAACUCAAUCCAGGAUCUCGAGAUGAACAUGGAAGAUGUGCACUUGUCUGCACCACAGACCCCCUUGACUCCAUUUGCUGAAGUGUUUCUAUCUACUGACUGUAAUGCCAUCUACUGUCCUAUACAUCGAUAUGAACAUCACCAGGCGAGGUUCUUCUCCGACCAAACUCCUCCUCCUAUACCUAAAAAGACUCUUAAAAGAACUUUAUCCCUGCCAGCGGAUGCUUUGGACCCACCUUCCCUCGCUCACUCAGCAACCUACAACCAUGAAAAUCCCCUUUACAUGAUAACACCAUUCCAAGACCAAUUGGCGCUACAAGGGGACCACAAGGAAGAGCAUCGUGAAGGUCUGUCUUUGCACCAGGUGACUUUUGAUAUCCCAGAUGAGCAAUUUAACAGACUCCUCAGGAGCUUCGGGAGCUAUGAGCAGCUUUCCGCGGGCAUUCAAGAGUGCUAUCUUCAGUUUCUGAGGAACACGUUGCAGAACAUUGAAAUGGGUGUCUUUUUAAAUGAGCAGGAGAACAAGACCGUAAGGACAUCUCAGCCGAAUGACUUUCUACUUUGUGAACAGCAGUGGAACGAGAGGGACGUUUACUACUUAGUGUGUUGUCCAAAGGUUCCUAGGAGGUUGUUCGCAGCACAGGUUCAAGAAGAUGACUCUGCAUCAGAUUGUCCUGUACCUUUCCUUCAUCCAAACAUCCAACAAGGUGUGAUCCAUUUCCCACAAUGCACAGCUUCAACUCACGCCUCACAAUCUGAGAGUCCCGAGACAACAACCGAGCCAUCACACGGGGGCAGCACAGAGGCAUGCCGACAGCAAACAGUCAUCUCUCUUCUGGAGAAAGGUGUCAGUGUGACCAUACUAAGAGACUUUCCUUUGGGGACACUUGAGGACUUUGUUAAGGAGGGACAUUCUUUGCACUGCACCUAUCCUGAAGUUUAUGAGAGGAGGCUUUGUCUUCUCAUCCUCCAGUUGGUAACAGGACUACAGCACCAGGGGAAUGUAGUUCACCGGGAACUGAAACCACAGAGUUUCAUGUUGGUGUGGCCUAGUGUUACAUUGAAAGCGGUCGAACCCAGGGAAUACCCAGGUUGGAUGAAUAAGGAAAGGGUCAUGAAUUCAGACACUUGUAACCUUGAGAUCACAGUCUCUACAGAUCAACCAGCCAACGGGAAGAUGAGAGGUGAGAUGUGUCAGACCAUGUGGGAGAAAUGGGGGACCCCUCGGUUGGUGCUGAGCUGCAACUUUGAGGAUGAGGUUUUUAUGGAAGCAACAUCGCAGGAGCACCAGUUAGGAGAUUUGUUGAGGUACUGUCUACACCUCACAAACAGUGACUCAUCCCUCUGCCGAGACUGCCCAUACUCUGCAGGAUUGCUUUGGUUGGUGACCCAACUUACAUUGGAGAAACCUGGGAUAGUAAUGGCCGAUGUGGCAAGUGUCCUCCAGGUCUUACUUUGGGGUCCACGAAAGGGUCUCUUCCAGCAGAACCAACUGGACAGUUCUUUGUUUUCUAACUGGCUGUUAGUUAAGAGGUCGCUUUUGGUUCUCAAGCUUGCGGAGAAGGGACUGUUUCAAGAUCAACGUGGCUUGGACUGGGAAGAUUAUCUCUGUCUGCAAUAUCUAUGCUUUACGGACAUUGAGAAUGUGCAUAGAAUAACUGCACACAUGGGCCUUCACAACUUUGUGAGAUCAUUUUAAACCGAUUAAAACUUGGCCUCGCUUUUGUAAAUCAUCUGUAAACUGAAUAAACGUAAAAUGCAAUCGCCAGUCGGCAAGCCGCUAGUACAGCUAACACCCGAAGUUAACUUAGAUUUAUGAUCCAUCUACACUUCCAAAUACUAUAAACUGAUUGCACUAUGCUACAGGCAGGAAUGUCACAGUUCUACAAUUUAGCUGACGAUUAAUCGCUUAAUAAUCAUGAUGUUAUAGCGACUAAUUGUUUGUUUAACGGUUUUGCCCAUUAUAACAGCUAGUUGUCAUACAAACCUUUAUUGUGUGCUUCAUUAAAAUAUUGCCACAUUCCUUUGUAAAUUGUUGUUUGUAAUAUAUUAAAGGUACAAUUUGUAUUUUUUUUGAUGAUCUAUCGACAGAAACGCAGUGUAAUAUACUGUAACUAUGUCUUCAGAGGUGUAUAAAGACCUUACAUAAUGAAGCAUUAUGUUUUAAUUACCUUAGAAUGAGCUAUUUCUAUCUACAUACACCAUGGCCAAGCACUUUUUAUAUAUUUAAUCAGGUGGCCUUUCUAAUUUGUAAUCAUACAGCUCCUUAAAAAGUUUUUUUGUACCUUUUUUAUAUAAACCAUGCAUUACAAAAUCAACAAACUACUUGAGUUUGACCUUGUCGGGUUUACUUAUUACAAAUACACUACUUGGAAAAAUGAAUAUUACGAAACA